AUGACGUUGCGACCUGCCAAGGUUCGCAGAGAGGAGGAAAUCACCUUCUCCGAGAAAGACGCGCAAGCCUUCGAGAAGGUGAAACUAGACGAGGCAGAUUUGAAGCCUGCCUCUAUCCCUCUGUACGGUUUCACCGGAGAUCAUUUGAUCCCCAAGGGGACGAUCUCGCUCUCGGUCACAUUGGGAGAAACCAACGAGAUGACCAAGAUGAUCGAGUUUUUAGUGGUAGACUAUCCGUCUGCUUUCAAUGGCAUAUUGGGGCAACCUCUACUACGAAACUUCAAGGCAGUUACCUCGAUAUACUAUCUGAAGAUGAAGUUCUCCACCUCGACGGGGAUAGGGGAAGAAAGUGGAUCUCAACACGUAUCUCGCGACUGCUAUGAAAGGGCAGUGUAG